AUGUUACUGCCCUCCGCAUUCUCGUGCGACGGUGGUGGCCUGCAUCCUCAAUCGAGGCCACCCCGACCCAAGCUCCCAUCUUUCGGUGCAUACCAACCACAAUUGUCAAUCACCGCGCAGCCACAUCCGCUCUCGUCGAGUUGUCGCGCGCUUCAAGCAAUCCUAGGCGCGCCAGCCACAAUCCAGCAUACGGCGUCAAACCCGCCUCGAGUGCUCUCCAAUCCUUUUGCGCCCUCAGAAGAGCGCGUGUUAUUAGAGAGGGAAGAACCGCGACCACUACGAGGCGCAAACAAGAGAAGGCGGAGCGAGUUUGAGGACGUGAGCUCAGACAUCGUCAUGGAAGACUGCCAGCGCACACCAGAGCCGGUCCGAACGCCAAAGAGGCGGCGGAGGGUGCCCUUGUCAAUGCCGCUUGGCUUGUCAGCGGACGAUUUUCGCGCACUGGAAACCCCGGCCGAGGAGGUAGAACUCGACAUGCCCACCACCAGUCCCCAUACCCGCCACUCGGACGAGGAUUCGGCGUAUGGGUCGUCUCCUUCACCGGACGACGUCGCGUGGACCGAGGCCGAUGACCGUGUAUUGGUUGAGACGGUGCUCGAAAAGCUCAAGCUAUCGAAGCGUGAUUGGAAUGAUUGUGCGAAAAUACUGGGCAAGGACAGAGAUAGUCUUGAAAGACGUUGGACUUUGCUGGUGGGAGAGGGCAACGUUGGAUUGAGAAGAGGUGGAAGAAUCUCAAGGACAAAUUUGGACAUUUCGAGUUGGUGA